AUGCGGAUCUUUGUUCUUCUAUUCACUUUUCUGGCAAGAUUUUCAGACACUUGUGCUCCGACGAGAAGUGCAACACCAAUAGUAUGUGCAUGUGCCACAUCAGAAGUUGCUCUUCUCUAUCGAAUCGAUGGAAGUGAAGGUGGUGCUGAAGCUAUUCAACCAUUAGGAGCUGUCACUCAAUCCGAUGCCAACAACUGCCCAACAACCUAUUCCGUCACUUGCCCAAUCAUGAUCUAUUUCUUAAAAAUCAACGGGUUGCAACGCGCGUAUUCUCGCUCAUCGUUUAAAACUGUGAUACUCAGCCAACGAAGUUCGGCAAAAGAAAUGGUCAUUUUGAAAGUUUUUUACAGAAAAAAUCUAUCUCCUCUUUCAGUUUUUGACAUUUCUAAGAGUUCUAUAGCUCAAAAGAACCGCAAUAAUUUACUCUUCAUUUUGUAUGAAAGAAUUUUUAAUUCGUCUGAUAAAACUUUUUUUAUAAUCAAAAAACAACUUUAA